AUGGGAAUCAGGGCCAUUCAUUUCCAGCGUUCCAAGGAGGAAGAGGAGGAGGCUGCUUCGCCGAGGUCCCCAGCCGAGUCACUCGAUCCCGGGCCGGCCCCCUCCUCCGCUGGAGGGCUGAGCAUCCCAGCGUGCAACGCGGCGCCCCCACCCUUUCUGCAAAGCGGGCGGGCGGGUGUGUGUGUGCGCGCGGGUGUGUUGCACGCCUGGUUGUUGGAGGCGACUCUGCUCUUCCCGCGAGCAGCCGGGCCCGCCGCGUCCGCCUUCCCCGGAUUGCUGCAGACGCGAGAGCAGGGAGCGGCCGCGGCAGGCUCUGUCCCUUCUUCGGCGGACAUUCCUGCCUGGGGCUCGGGAAAGGAAGCGGGGCCGAGGAGGAGGAAGAGGAUGAGCGGCCGGCUGCGCCUGGGGCUGCCCUGGCUGCUGCUGCUGCUGCUGCUGGCCGGGCUGUGCGGCGGCGCCAUGGACGAGUGCGGGGACGAGCCGGGCCGGCGGCCCCAGCGCUGCAUGCCCGAGUUCGUCAACGCGGCCUUCAACGCCACCGUGGUGGCCACCAACACGUGCGGCAGCCCGGCCGAGGAGUACUGCGUGCAGACUGGGGUCACCGGGGUCACCAAGUCGUGCCACCUGUGCGACGCCGCCCAGCCUCACCUGCAGCACGGCGCCGCCUUCCUCACCGACUACAACAACCAGGCCGACACCACCUGGUGGCAGAGCCAGACCAUGCUGGCCGGCGUCCAGUACCCCAGCACCAUCAACCUCACCCUGCACCUGGGAAAGGCCUUUGAUAUUACAUACGUACGUCUGAAAUUCCACACCAGCCGGCCAGAGAGUUUCGCCAUCUCCAAGCGAACCCGGGAAGAUGGUCCGUGGGAGCCCUACCAGUACUACAGUGGAUCCUGUGAGAACACUUACCGCAAACCCAAUCGAGGCUUCAUCAGGACUGGGGAGGAUGAACAGCAAGCACUUUGCACAGAUGAGUUCAGCGACAUCUCUCCUCUCACAGGAGGCAAUGUGGCUUUUUCAACUCUGGAGGGGAGGCCCAGUGCUUACAACUUCGAUAACAGUCCUGUCUUACAGGAAUGGGUAACUGCUACUGAUAUCAGAGUAAGCCUCAACCGCCUUAACACCUUUGGAGAUGAAGUAUUUAAUGAUCCCAAAGUUCUCAAGUCAUAUUAUUAUGCCAUUUCUGACUUCGCUGUGGGUGGCAGGUGCAAAUGUAACGGCCACGCGAGUGAGUGUGUGAAGAACGAAUAUGGAAAACUGUCUUGCAGUUGUAAACACAAUACCUUUGGGACUGACUGUGAGAAGUGCCUCCCUUUUUACAACGACCGGCCUUGGCGAAGAGCAACGGCAGAGAGCGCCAACGAAUGUUUGCCCUGUAACUGCAAUGGACGUUCCCAGGAGUGUUACUUUGACCCUGAGCUGUAUCGAUCUACAGGCCAUGGCGGCCACUGCACAGGUUGCUAUGGUAACACUGAUGGACCUAAUUGCGAGAGAUGUCGGGAAAACUUCUACCGUCUUGGAAGUGAGGAAAACUGUCUGCCGUGUAACUGCAACCCUGUUGGCUCUCUUAGUACACAGUGUGACAACUACGGGCGGUGCAGUUGUAAACCUGGUGUGAUGGGUGACAAAUGUGACCGGUGCCAGCCAGGAUUUCACUCUCUCACAGAGGCUGGUUGCAGGCCAUGUUCUUGCGAUCCUGCUGGCAGCACAGAUGAUUGCAAUAUGGAAACGGGACGCUGCACCUGCAAGGACAAUGUAGAAGGAUUCAACUGUGAGAGGUGUAAGCCUGGCUUUUUUAAUCUGGAUGAAGCCAAUCCUAGGGGAUGUACUCCCUGUUUCUGCUUCGGACACUCAUCCGUCUGUACCAACGCCAUUGGCUACAGUAUUUACAGAAUUACCUCCAGUUUCCAGAUCGGAGAGGAAGAUUGGCACGCUGAACAACGGGAUGGUUCUGAAGUCUCCGUUCAGUGGAUUGCUGAAACUCAAGACAUCUCUGUGGUCUCAGAAACUCCUUUUCCCAUCUAUUUCAUUGCACCAGGCAAAUUCCUUGGGAAUCAAGUCUUGAGUUAUGGCCAAAACUUGACAUUCUCCUUUCGGGUUGAUAGGCGGGACACACGCCUUUCUGCUGAGGACAUAGUCCUUGAAGGUGCUGGGCAGAGAAUAUCCAUACCUCUCAUUGCUCAAGGCAACUCUUAUCCCAGUGAGAAUGCACAAAAAUAUGCCUUCAGACUCCAUGAAGCAACCGAUUAUCCUUGGAGGCCGUCUCUAACACCAUUCGAAUUCCAGAAGCUGCUUCAUAACUUAACAGCUAUCAAGAUUCGUGGGACAUACAGUGAAAGGAAUGCUGCAUAUCUGGACGAUGUCACCAUUUUGAGCGCUCGACAUGGCCCUGGAAUCCCAGCUACAUGGGUGGAGAGCUGUACGUGUCCCACGGGGUAUCUAGGCCAGUUCUGUGAACGAUGUGCCCUGGGCUACAGGAGGGAAACCCCUAGUCUUGGUCCUUAUAGUCCGUGUGUGCCAUGUUUCUGCAAUGGACACAGUGACACCUGCGACCCUGAAUCGGGAGCAUGCGACUGCAGGGACAACACAGCGGGUCCUCACUGUGAGAAGUGCAAUGAUGGUUAUUAUGGAGACGCAACCACAGGCAGCUCUUCAGAUUGUCAACCGUGCCCAUGUCCAGGGGGCUCGAGCUGCGCCAUAGUGCCCAAAACCAAGGAGGUGGUUUGUACUAACUGUCCAGUUGGUACCACAGGUAAAAGGUGCGAGCUAUGUGAUGAUGGCUAUUUUGGGGAUCCUCUUGGUGAGAAUGGCCCCGUUCGGCUUUGCCGCCUUUGUCAGUGCAGUGAUAACAUCGACCCCAAUGCUGUUGGUAAUUGCAACCGCUUGACAGGGGAAUGUCUGAAAUGCAUCUAUAAUACAGCUGGCUUCUAUUGUGACCGGUGCAAAGAUGGUUUCUUUGGGAAUCCCUUAGCCCCCAAUCCAGAAGACAAGUGCAAAGCUUGCAACUGCAAUCCUUACGGCACAGUGAAUGUGCAGACCAGCUGUAAUCAAGUAACGGGGCAGUGUGAGUGCCUGCCGCAUGUCACGGAGAGGGCCUGCAGUUCCUGUGAGCCUGGGUUCUACAACCUUCAGAGUGGACGUGGGUGUGAGAGGUGUGACUGCCAUCCACUGGGCUCCACGAACGGACACUGUGACAUACAGACGGGGCAAUGCGAGUGCCAGCCGGGGAUCACUGGCCAGCGUUGCGAGAGGUGUGAGGCCAACCAUUUUGGAUUUGGUCCUGAAGGCUGCAAACCUUGUGACUGUGAUCCUGAGGGUUCCCAUUCCCUACAGUGUAGAGAAGAUGGUCGCUGUGAGUGUAAACAAGGUUUUGUGGGAACUCGCUGUGACCAAUGUGAAGAGAACUAUUUCUACAACCGAUCCUGGCCAGGCUGCCAAGAGUGUCCUGCCUGUUACAGAUUGGUGAAAGAUAAGGUGGAGGAACAGCGAGAGAGAUUGCAGGAGUUGGAAAAUCUUAUAGCCAACCUAGGAACAGGGGAUGAAACCAUAACAGAUCAGGCCUUUGAAGACAGAUUGAAGGAAGCAGAGAGAGAAGUCAUGGACUUGCUUCAGAAUGCCCAAAACAGCAAAGAUGUAGAUCAGGGCUUGAUGGAUCGUCUCCAUGAGAUCAACAGAACCCUGUCUGGCCAGCUUGGCCGGUUAAGGAACAUCCAGAAGACAGUGGCAGAUACAGAAAACCUUGCUGAACAAGCCCGCAGCCGUGUGGAUGACACAGCAGAGCUGAUCAAAACUGCUUCAGAUAAGCUGUCGAAAGCAUCAGCAGCAGUUGCCAAAGUGACUAUUCCUUCACCAGACGUGAUCGGCGACCCCAACAAUAUGACUACCCUGGUAGAAGAGGCCCGUCAACUAGCUCAACGACACAAACAAGAAGCGGAUGACAUUGUGCGCAUAGCCAAAGAAGCAAAUGAUACAUCGACACAGGCAUAUAAAUUGCUCUUGGAUACACUGGCAGGAGAGAAUCAAACAGCGAAUGACAUCAGUGACCUUAACAGAAAGUAUAAUCAAGCAAAAGACAUUUCCCGAGACCUGGAAAAGCAAGCUAACAAGGUCCAUGCUGAAGCAGAGGAAGCUGGAAACAAAGCUCUGCAGAUCUAUGCUAAUCUCUCCAGUCUACCCGUUGUGGAUACAGAAGGCUUAGAGAAAGAAGCAAAGAAGAUUAAGGAGGAAGCCAAAGAACUAGAUCAGCUAAUUAACAGGAAGCUGAAGAAUUAUGAGGACCUUAUCGAAGACAUGAAAGGGAAAGAGCAGGAAGUGAAAAACCUUUUGGAGAAAGGAAAGACUGAACAGCAGACCGCUGAUCAGCUGCUAGCUCGAGCAGAUGCUGCCAAAGCGCUGGCCGAAGAAGCAGCCAGGAAGGGGAACAGCACACUCCAGGAGGCCAAAGACAUUCUUGGCAAUUUGAAAGACUUUGACAAGCGUGUCAACGAUAACAAGACAGCGGCUGAGGAUGCCUUGAAAAAGAUUCCUGCCAUUACCCAGACCAUCGCAGAGGCCAACAAUAAGACACGGCAAGCUGAGCUGGCACUGGGCAACGCUGCUGCUGAUGCCAGGGAAGCAAAGAACAGAGCAGAUGAUGCUGAGAAAAUUGCCAAUUCUGUACAGAAAAAUGCCGCAACAGCGAAGGCAGAUGCUGACAAGACCUUCUCAACUGUCACCGAGCUGGACAAAGAAAUGGAUGACAUGUUACAGCAGCUGCAUGAAGCAGAGACAGAGCUGAGGAAGAAACAGGAAAGUGCAGACCAAGAUAUGAUGAUGGCAGGAAUGGCUUCGCAAGCUGCUCAGGAAGCAGAAGACAAUGCAAGGAAAGCCAAGAACUCUGUGAACAGCUUGCUCAAUAUGAUCAAUGACCUUCUUGGGAAAUUAGGGGAUCUAGAGACUGUGGACUUGAGUAAACUGGAGGAAAUUGAACGUACCUUAAAUACUGCCCAGAAACAGAUGAGGGACAACGAUCUGGACAGGAAAGUGUCUGAUCUAGAAAAGGCUGCUGAGAAGCAGGCCAGCGCCAUUGCCGAAUACAACAGGGACAUUGACACCAUCUUGAAAGACAUUUCCAAUCUAGAGGACAUCAAGAACACAUUGCCAACAGGCUGCUUUAACACCCCAUCCAUUGAGAAACCCUAAGGGUGUGCUAAGGGCAGGGGGGCAUCCCCUCAGUGACUGGUGGAGCAGAUCUUUGGCCGUGGCGUGCCUUAAUUCCUAAAAUUACCUUCUUCAGGACCCCCACCACAUCUCCUGAUAUAGCUCUCAGUUGUUGUUUCCCAAAGAGGGGGUGGGUGGGAAGCAAACUUCUGAAUGAAAAGCAAAUUAAGAAUCUGUCUUUUGGGUAUCAUCAAAAGGGUUUUGAGACAUAGCUAUAUAUAAUUUUCCUACUCAGACACACUCCACUUGAUCCCUCUUUCUUGGAAAACACUCUCCUUCUAAUUUACACAAUGAUGUGAAAUACUCUAGACUGUUGUACUGAACUGUAGAAGUGGUCAUGGGAAACGGUGGGGGUGCAAACAAGCUUUCCCCCCCUUCAUUCCUUUCUUCUGUCCUGUAUCUCCCUCACCUUUUCUAUCUCCACUAAUUCUGUUUUCUUUUUUUUUUCUAUGAAGGAAAAGGUUUGGCUACCAAAGUGUUCAAUACUAAUGGCCAGCAUAGCCACAUUUUGUAAGAAGCAUCAGUGGCCUUCACAAUAGCCACACAUUAAAGAGAAUAAAAAGCCAGCCAUAACUGGCCAAUAAAAUUACCAUUUUUGGUAGCCAGUUGCCAAUUUUUUUAAGAACCUUUCUAACGUGCAAUAUGUAUAUCCCGUUCCUAGGACACAGCUUCUCAGAAACAACUUUUGGUUAGUCAAGGGGAAGGAGUGGUGUAUUAGGUCUCCACGGUGCUAUGUCUUGGCCUGUGUUCUUUGGCCUGUGAGAACAAAGGCAGACGCUGAAUUCCUCAAGAUGGGAAGAUCUGUUUGUGUUCAGGAUUAUUCCUUUCACCAGCCAGUCACUAGGAAUCUCUUCCAGGGACAACUGGAUUAAUAUUAAGAUUCUCUCUCAGAAUCAAACUUUAAAAAAACAUUUUUUUGGAAGAAAUCAACCACCCAGAGAGAACUUCUAUUUUUUAGUCUUCCCUGGGAACUUUGAAAUCAGCAUAAUCUGAUGGUAGAAAACAGGCCAAGAUGUCUUUCCAGUCCUCUCUUCCCUGGAAGUUGGCUGGCGUUUCUUUCACCAUGGCAGGCUUAUCUUUUUGUAUGCUGGAAGAGAAAUUCCAAAAUACAGUUAGCCCAUUUUGGGGAGGGGGAGAAGGACACUAGGCUUAAUUCUAGGGAUAAGUAAUUCCUCAAAGAUUGCAGUAUUUACGAACAGAGCUGUUUGCUGAUCAGCAUGAAUUUCUGCCUUCCUUGAGAAUCCCUCCCCUGCUUUUCACAUUUGCUUACCUUCUUAGUUUAAGGAGAAGACAGCUCCGUUCUUUCUCCGCACCCAUUUAACUAGAGGAAGUUGUCUGCCUCUAGUUUCCUUAUUAGUUUGAUCUGAUGCUUCCACUCCACCCCCUGCCUUUUGAGAUCCAUGUAUACCUGCCCUUAAACACUAUGCAACUUUGUACGUUUGCGUAGAGGGGAAGAAAUUUAUUAUCUGACACACACACUGGUGCUAUUAAUUAUUUCAAAUUUAUAUUUUUGUGUGAAUGUGGGUAUUUUUGUGUUUUUUUUAAUCAUGAUUAUAGUGUGCGGAAAAGUCUAUUCCCCUCCUCUUAAUUCCUCCAUGUAAAUAGGCUUGGUCUUGUUUCUAGAGUGGCACUGUUCUCCUCUAUACUUAACCAUCACAAUACAUGCACCCUGUCCUUCUUAUUACUCCCUUUUUGGGGGUGGGGUGGGUGUUCAGGUAUUUUCCCUGCUCAGCCACUUCUUUGCACACUCAUGUUGCCAAUUAACAAUACUGUGUGUGUGUUAACACCAGCCUAGUUGUGUAGCAAGCCAGCACGGCUUGCCCAAAAGAUUCAGAUGGCGUUCACUUGUGUAGAACUAGCCAUUGGGUCUUUUCACUCAGUAUUUUGCAUUCCAGGAUUCUACCUGAGGUGUGAUCAGGAGCAAGGCUUCAGGCUUUUGUGGUCUUUCCUUCACUGUCAGUGGAAAUGAAAUUGUGAAAAAAGGAAUCCUGAAUUCAGAUAAAUUAAUAUUUUCUCCAGUUUGCUUGCUACCUUUCCACCUAUGAUGAGAGGAACAGUGGAAAAUGCAUACAAGCCUGAGGCCCAUUCGCAACAUAGUCCUGAGGGGCAAAAUACUGCGUGCACAUGCCUUCUGUUUCUGGUUGGCUUAGAUCCACUGAAGCGUUUCUGCUUUCCAAAGUAUUUCAAGACAUGGAAUGUGGCUUUCUCACCUCCAUCUUUCCCACUGUAACUUAAAAUGUCCUCCCUGGAGGACUGGGAACCCCCAACAGCAACAUUUGGGACGGCAUCAGGAGGGCAAAGCCUUAAAAGUCACAUUCUUCAGGCAAAAGUCUUUCCAUCUGCAGAAAUUCUCUAGUGGAUCCAAGUCAUUACGUUUUAACAGAUUUAAUUUUAUAAAUUGUAGUGGACUUUUUACUGGGCUUGUCAGGCAACUAUAUCCUUGGACUAGUUCUCACUGUAAUGGUAAACCUGUGACUGAGCGGUACUGCUUUAGACAGACAAGGUUUGAACCAGUGUGGCGUGGUGGUUAGAGUGUUGGACUAGUACUGAAACCUAGGUUCAAAUCCUCACUUAGCUAUGUAAUUGACUGGGUGACCUUGGGCCAGUCACACUCAGCCAAACCUACCUCACAGGGUUGUUGUGAGGAGAAAAUGGAAGGGUGGAGAAUUAGAUACGAUGCCCAGAGGUCCCUGGAGACAAGGGAGGAAUAAAAAAAGUGAGAUAAAUGCUCCUCCAUGCACAAAAAGAUACCCUCCAUAGAAAAGUAGAUGUCAGGCACAAAGAUUCUUGACAUGCUAAUUUUCUUUGAUCAGGGAAGAGCAUUCAGUCCUGGGAACCCCCCUGCACAGUCUCAAGUAAUGCAGCCCAGAUGCAGGUUUUUCCACCUCAGUAGCAAAGAGGCCAGGGAGAGGUAUGGGCCUAAUCUUUCUUCCCUCCUUUGACCCAAAUGACUUCUCCACAGUUUACAUGAAACCAACUUGCCUACAUACAACCCUGAAGCCAUUUACUGGAAAUGACCUUUUGUUGUGGCAUAUCACGCUCUGACACUUCAGUAUUUUUCAUCUGGCUGAACCAGUCAGAUGGCUGCAUUCUAACUAUAAUCACCUCUCCGUCACAGAAGAGGGAUUCGUUCACUUUUGCGUGCUUUUGGCCUAACGGUUCCCUGCCUUUCUUAAUAUUUCCCCUUUUUUCCCUGCAAAACUGGUUUAACAGAUUUUAAUUUUUUUUAAAUAAAUAAAAGAUCUUUAUAAGAAUUCUCUUAAUUACAAAUACUGUGUUAACAGCCAUUAUCACAUUUGUUAGAGGUCCAAGUUAUUUCUUUUACAUAGCGAAAAGGACACAACCGCUGCUCGCAGAAAUACACAGCCAGGAGACACCCCUUUGAAGAGUUCCCCUCGUUUUAUUUUUAUUCUUGACUGUGAGCACCUCCCUAUGUGCCUUUACUCCCUCCCCCCCUUAAAUCUGUGGUCUUGCUGUCGGGGGGCAGUGAACGGCAACAACAAAUGCAACACAGCAGUUUUUAUGUAUAAAACAGUAUUUCUUAUUUAUAAUAAAGUCUGAAUAUUUGUAACCCCUUA